CGUAGUAGUCUCAAAAUCCGAAAGGAAGGCAAGUCAUUUUUACCGGGACCGUAGACAAAUUCACAUUGGAAUUUUCGGCAGUAUUUGUUGAGAAUAUCGAGGCACGAAAUUGAGGCUAAAAUACAAAAAAAAACGAGGACAAGGAACAGGGCAGCAAUCGCGCCAUUUGUGAGUAUUGGCUUAUAUAUUUGUUAUUGGUAGAUGAUGGUGCGUCUGGAGACAAGCGAUGGCCGCAUUAUUCGCGUCGAUUUCGGCCUAUUGGACCGUUCGGUCGUAAUCCGCGAUAUGUGCCGAGUCAGUCAGCCAGAAACGGAUGAUUCUGGCAAGAUUUUAGACAAUGAUGAUGACUCUUUAUUGCCACUCCAUGGCAUAAGCAGCAAUGUCCUGUUGAAGGUCCUGCUCUGGGCCGAGUUCCACAAGAACGACGAAGAACCGGCCUGGGUCCAGAAGGUAUCACCGUCCGCCGAAGAAAUUGAGCUACAGACCCAUGACUGGGACAAGGAAUUUCUACGGGAUGACAUCAGCAGCAUCUACGAUCUGUUGGAGGGCGCCGACUACUUGGAUAUCCGCUGGCUCUUCAAGCUAUGCGCCCAGAAGAUCGCACUGCACAGCAAGCGUCCGAAGGGCUAUUUGAAGUUCAAGCGCUAUCUCCAGAAGAUGCCAUCGUUGAUGGAGUUCCAGGAAUUGGCGGCCACUUGCCAGAACUUGGACGAUAAAAUGAAAGGCAACGAUCUUUAUAAAGCCUCGGCAUUCAUCGAAAAAUUUUAUCGUAAUUUUGCUGCUCGUCAGGCGGCAAAAUAAUCUCAUCUGGAUUACGUUUGGGACAUAUAUGUCCGGGAUUUGGCAGGCAGACUAUUAUUUUGGAAAAUUUUUUGGUGCACGUUUACACUUUUGUACGGUGAAGACUUAAAUGGACAUUAAAAUUCAUUGAUUGAGUGAUCGGCUCUGUACCAAAUUAGCAAGAAUCUACAAUAAAUGGAAGAACUGAAGAAUUCUACAAAUAAAUGUUGUUGUUAAAAAUG